ACAUCUGCCUGAAAACUACAGAACCAAGAAGUUCCAGAUCCAAGGUCGCGUCCGCGACUGCUCGUUCUACCAUACGAUACUCGAGUAUCUCGGUGAUUGACUUGUUUCGGGUCCUCGGUAAACGAUUAGGAACUAGCCUUCACAAGCGGCAAUUAGGCUACACUUUCCGCUUCAGUCACCCUAGCGAGAUCUUUUCCCUUGCGUACCCACUCCUCAAAAGCAGCCCGAGGGUGAGCCGAAAAUACGAUGGAUGAGUAGGUUCACCCCCCUUUAGUGUUUGCGUAGUUAAAAAAAAGAAAUUGCCCAUCUAAGGAUAUUCACAGUAGAAUCCGAGCCGAUAUCAGCGGGGAAUUCAGCGGAAACUCAGGGGAUUAUAACGUCGCUGGUACUGGGAACAAUAACAACAACAACCUAAAUCUCGGUUACCUGAACAGUGCCACCAAUCUCGGAACAAUAUAUCAAGGAUGUAUGUUUAGAUAUGGGGACCGAGGUACUGUCAGAAUUAUCGAGAGCUUUCCGGCAGAGAGCUAACGUGCUACUAUGACCACAAGAAGCAUCUAGGCCUUAUCGGAUAAUUCCCUACAGUAGGAAUAGCAGAUUCACCGGCCGUGAAUCUCUCAUUGACUCACUGAAGAGGCUUUGCAAGCCUGAUGGCCACAACCGGAUUGCUCUUCAUGGAUUAGGCGGUUCUGGGUAUGUCCUGAUUAAUUCGGUAUCCAAAGUGUUUGUUGGAUGUAUCUGAGUCUGAUACUGUGCGGCAUGCUUCAGCCAUGAAACAUUAGUGCAGGCACUAAGGUUAUCAUGGUGUCUCAUGGGAGUAUGGCAGAAAGUCCUGAAACGGAGGAGGAUUCAUCUGUUCGGUAUUGUUAGCGAGGUGAAGAGUUUUCCUUGCUAGUCUGUUUGGUGAAGAGUUUUCCCUGCUAGUUUGUUUGGAAGGAUGAAGCACGUAUUCAUCAUGAAGGAUCUAGAACUUAUGGUAUUGUCUUUAUAAGUUCUCUUUUGUUCGCUAUUAUUUCCUCAUGAUUAACCACUCUCCUUUUAUCUUCUUCUCGUUAUCUAUACUACUCUCUUUACGAUAUUAUCAAAUAUAAAUCCUCACGCUCUUUAAAAUCCUCGCACCAUAUAUCAAAAGAGCCAUCCUCCAAGUGUUCUUCAAGUCCCAGAUUGCUUCCGUGUAAAAGUGUUUACUAACAUUGCUUAGGAAAACCCAGAUUGCCCUCGAAUACGUUUAUCAGCGCGCCAGCGAGAGCGAUUGUAAUAUCUUCUGGGUGCAAGGAAGUGGGGUAUUACGGUUCAGGGAGGGUUUUGGGGCUAUUGCGCAGCGCGUUCAAAUUCCUCUAGCGAGCGCCGAGACGGAAGAAGAGGGAUUCUUGUUAAGCAUAAAGAGGUGGUUUGAAGGUCCAGAAAGUGGUGAUUGGGUUCUAGUUAUCGACAACGCCGACAACGAGGAGGACUUUGCUGGUAACAACAGUCCUAUUGCUAAGCUCGUACCACAAGGACCCAGAGGCACUCUGAUAUUCACGACCAGAUCUCGCCAGGUUGCAUUUCGCCAGGAGUGUGAGAGGAUCGA